AGGUCAGCAUGUCACGUCUUAGCAGAGUUGUACACUCUCCAGUGGACAGCAGCAGGAACUGCUAGCGUGGGGGUAUGUCCACGUGUGUUUGGUCCAAAUUCUUAACAGUUCCACCUGACCUAAUAUCUGAACCAAUUGAGGGCCAGGAGUUGGACUGGUUGUCAGAGGCUAUUUGAAACGCGUACCAUUGACGCAAUUUAUAGCUUGAAAGACUAAAAGUAUGAAGCUCAUUGUGUCAACGUGGACAUUUCUUGCUAGCUGCGUGUUGGCAUACAAUGAACAGAAGGAGUACUGGCUGCAAGAUGGGAUAGAUGGAAUACAGUCUAUCUGGCAGAUGAAACCGAACUAUAAAAAGGCCGACAACCUCAUUCUGAUGGUUGGUGAUGGUAUGGGACUGUCCACCAUCACUGCUGGUAGAAUUUAUCAAGGUCAAAAGAAGGGCAAGAGUGGAGAAGAGAACAAGCUGACAUUUGAACAAUUUCCUUACCUGGCACUUUCUAAGACUUACAAUGUAGACCGCCAAGUCCCAGACAGUGCUGCCACAGCAGUUUCCAUGGUGACUGGAAUCAAAGUAAACUAUGGGACUCUGGGAGUCAGUAUUGAUGUACCCUUUGAGAAAGACUGCAAAAAUUUCACAGACAGCACAAAGCUGAAAACGGUGUUGGAUUACGCUCUGGAGGAAGGAAAGUCUGUUGGUAUUGUGACGACUACAAGAAUAACUCAUGCUACCCCAGCAGCUGCAUAUGCCCAUACACCCCACAGAGAUUGGGAAGGUGAUUUCAACAUAGAAGCAGCAAACUGUAGCCAUGUCAAGGACAUAGCUUAUCAGUUAAUAAUGGAUAAUCCAAAUAUACAAGUAAUAAUGGGUGGAGGGAGAAGACAUUUCAUGAACAAUACAACACCUGAUCCUGUGAGUGGAUAUGGUCAACGAUCUGAUGGCUUGGAUCUUAUACAGGCAUGGAAGAAUGAUAAGUCUACCAGAAAUGUGAAACAUCAAUAUGUUUAUGACAGACAACAGCUAAAAGAUGUUGAUGUGGCCCAGACAGACUAUUUAUUUGGUUUGUUUGCACCCAGUCACAUGAGUUAUGAGGCAGACAGACUACCAUCUAGUGUUGAACCAACUCUGACAGAAAUGACAGAAAAAGCAAUUCAAAUCCUAAAGAAAAAUCCUAAAGGAUAUUUUCUACUUAUUGAAGGUGGAAGAAUUGAUCAUAGCCAUCAUGAGAAUGGUGCCAAGAGAGCUUUAGAAGAAGUGGUAGAGUUUGAUAAUGCUGUGGCCAAAGUGAAUGAGCUGACCUCACCAGAGAACACACUGACUGUGGUCACUGCAGACCAUUCUCAUGUCUUUGCAAUAGCUGGCUACCCUACAAGAGGAAAUAAUAUCCUAGGCUUGGUGGAUAGCGUUUCUAAUUCAGAAUUACCAGAGGACAAAAUGCCUUAUCUGACUUUGGGUUAUCUGAAUGGUCCAUAUAGCGAGAGGGUCAAUUUAACAGGAGUGGACACAACAACUAAUAAUUUUAGACAACCUGGCUGUAUUCAAAUGUCAUAUGAAACUCAUGGUGGAGAAGAUGUGAUUAUUUAUGGAAAAGGUCCCAUGGCCCAUUUAUUGCAAGGUACUAAGGAACAGUCUUAUAUAGGACAUGUCCUGAUGUAUUCUGCCUGCAUUGGAGUCUACAAAGACAACUGUGACCUGAUCAAGAGAAGUUGGAUGGUUGAUCCACAGACACUACUUUGCAGUGCUAUUAUUCCCAAACCAUCAAUGUUGAUUUUGUUGACCAUUUUUAUAGUUAUAUUUAGAACUGCAUAAUUUAAUCAAUGUGAUUGUUUUUGUUGUUUGAUUUCAACCUUUUUACAUAUGCUUUUCUUUUAAUCCUUUGUAUGUAGGCUGUUUUAUUUUGUGCAUGUUGUAACAUAAAUUACAUGAACUACAAAUGCUAAAAAAAAUUAGGAAACAAAGUCAUUAUUUUAAUGUUAGGUAUAUUUUUGUAUACUGUUACAUUUAUAGUCCAUUAAAACAUGAAUGCUCAUCUUUAUGGGAUAACAUUUAAGAUUUUAAAAAAAUGAUAAAAAAGGGGAGAUAAUAGUGAAAAUGCAUACAUGGUGUGUAAACAAACAUCUAGAGCAGUAAGUAUUCUUAUACAUGCAUUUAUAUAACAGUUAUCCUUUUGUCUAAACAUUUUUUUGACUAAAGUUUUAAUCUAAAAUUUACAUUGGCUAAUAUUUAGCCAGUGUGAAGAAUUUACUAGUAUCUGAUUUUUUUUUUCUCAUAUCUAGAGUUAGCUCCCUCUCAAGUCUAAAAUUAUUUCCCAUAUCUAUAGUCAUCUCUAUCUCAAAGAUAAAUGAUAAAUGUCAAUUUUUGUUUUAGUUUUUAAUAUGUAUAUCAAAAACCAGAUACUUCUAUUUAACAAAAAAGCUUUUAGUCUUUCAUUAAACAUAAUAUGUCAUAGGGUAAGAUGAAUAGUUUACAAGCACACAAUGGUAUCAUGCUACCAGCACAAUUAUGAGCUACUUUCUCUUCCUCAGUAAAUAAUUUAGAAAACUCAGGGACAUUUUAUGUAGUGUGAUAGGCCUUUAGUGUGCCAUAUGUAUAGGCCUUCUGUUGAAUAGUUUCCUUCAUUCCUUUCAGCUGCCAUUAUACAACAUCCAUUUCUUAAUGUUGCUUUCUUAUCAAUUCUAUUGCAAGCCUUCUCUUUCUUCCUUCUAGUCAAUAUGUUACAGUAAGUCUGAUGCUAUUUCAGCUCUAAGGGGAAAAACACUUUGGAAUUCAAGACCUAAAUUUAUUUAUGUCUCUUAAUAAAGCAGUGAUAAAAUAUCUUCCUUUUCAUUUGAAUUGAAAAGAUAGUAUUGUUAUAUCAGGUCAAUAUUUUUUUCAAUCUUAUUAUAGUUUCAUUAGCUUACUGUUCUUGUUUGUUUCAUGGCUAGGUUGAUAUCAUGUGAAAGGAUUUUAUAAUGAAUAUGUAUGAUAUUAAAAUUGAGAAUUUUUGUUUUGGCUUUGUCAGGGUCAAAGCUAUUCUAUUGAUAAUUCAUUGAUCUGUUUUAAUUUUAUUGCCAUAAUCAGCUCAAAAUCAAACCAACUCAAAGCAAUGUACAUGUUGAUAUGUUUAAAAUGUGUUGUUUUUUUUUUGUUUAUUGUAUAUCAUUCUAUGUAAAUGCCAAAGAAAACAAAAUAAAGUAUUUAAUUAAUGUAA